GAAGUGUCCUUCAACUUCCGGCGCCAUAUUUAAUACAUCGCAGUUUGUGAUGAUAGCUAGCAAGUUCACUGACUAUUUGCAAUCAUAUAACUUUUGAUUUUGAUCUCAAAGCAAGCCAUCAAAAUACAUCGAAAUGAACGUCAUAGAUCAUGUACGGGAUAUGGCCGCUGCGGGACUACACUCAAACGUUCGGAUAAUGAGUAGCUUACUGCUGACAAUGAGCAAUAACAAUCCGUAAGUAUUAGCUUGUUGGCUAACGUUAUUACUGAACAUCCACAUAUUAUCUAACUAGCUAGCUAUUCAUUCCGUUCGAUCAGCUUCGAAAGCAUAUAAUUCUGUACAAUUGAUCAAAACACGUGUCCUAAUGAAUGCAUGCUGAUCGUCACGAGACAAGUGGAAGUUGACAAACAAGCAAUUGUAGCAAGCUAGCUAACUAGAUCGUUUAAGAUGGGUGUAAAUGUAGUUAGCUGGAUUAAUUCAGACUAUUUGUAAAUAUAUGUUGUAUGUUGAUUGCUAUUUAUCUUGACCACUUAAAUUAGUCAGUCGAAUACUGUGCCAUUGAUGCGCGUGCCACAUCUGUUCUUGUAGAGAGCUGUUCUCACCAUCCCAGAAGUACCAGUUGCUGGUUUACCAUGCAGAUGCCAUCUUCCAUGACAAGGAGUACCGUAAUGCUGCCUGCAAGUACAACAUGGCACUGCAGCAGAAGAAAGUGCUCAGCAAAACUUCCAAAGUGCGCCCAUCUACCGGGGGAACUGCAUCCUCCAUGCAGUCACAGGUGUGUAAGGCUCCCAACUCUGUCAAUUACAACACAACUAUCUAUAUUAGCAACAAGCAUUAAUGUCAUUAAUAAAAAAUAAUGCACAUUGCAUUCGGAAAGUAUUCAGACCCCUUCACUUUUUCCACAUUUUGUUACGUUACAGCCUUAUUCUAAAAUUGUUUUCCCCCCUCAUUACCCCAUAAUGACAAAGCAAAAACAGGUUUAAAAAAAAUUUUCAUUUACAUAAGUAUUCAGACCCUUUACUCAGUACUUUGUUGAAGCACCUUUGGCAGCGAUUACAGCCUUGAGUCUUCUUGGGAAUGACACUACAAGCUUGGCACACCGGUAUUUGGGGAGUUUCUCCCAUUCUUCUCUGCAGAUCCUCUCAAGCUAUGUCAGGCACAGCUAUUUUCAGGUCUCUCCAGAGAUGUUCGAUCAGGUUCAAGUCCGGGCUCUGGCUUGGCCACUCAAGGACAUUGAGACUUGUCCCGAAGCCUCUCCUGCGUUGUCUUGGCUGUGUGCUUAGAAUCGUUGUCCUGUUGGAAGGUGAGUCCGAGGUCCUGAGUGCUCUGGAGCAGGUUUUCAUCAAGGAUCUAUCAGUACUUUGCUCCGUUCAUCUUUCCCUAAAUUCUGACUAGUUUCCCAGUCCCUGCCGCUGAAAAACAUCCCGACAGCAUGAUGCUGCCACCACCAUGCUUCACCGUAGGGAUGGUAUUGGCCAGGUGAUGAGCUGUGCCUGGUUUCCUCCAGACGUGAUGCUUGGCAUUCAGGCCAAAGAGUUCAAUCUUGGUUUCAUCAGACCAGAGAAUCUUGUUUCUCAUGGUCAGAGUCCUUUAGGUGCCUAUUGGCAAACUCCAAGCGGGCUGUCAUGUGCCUUUUACUGAGGAGUGGCUUCCAUCUGGCCACUCUACCAUAAAUGCCUGAUUGAUGGAGUGCUGCAGAGAUGGUUGUCCUUCUGAAUGGUUCUCCCAUCUCCACAGAGGAACUCUGGAGCUCUGUCAGAGUGAUCAUCUGGUUCUUUGUCACCUCCCUGACCAAGGCCCUUCUCCCCCGAUUGCUCAGUUUGUCCUGGGGCGGCCAGCUCUAGGAAGAGUCUUGGUGGUUCCAAACUUCUUCCAUUUAAGAAUGAUGGAGGCCACUGUGUUCUUAGGGACCUUCAAUGCUGGAGAAAUGUUUAGUUACCCUUUCCCAGAUCUAUGCCUCGACACAAUCCUGUCUUGGAGUUCUACGGACAAUUCCUUCGACCUCAUGGCUUGGUUUUUGCUCUGACAACUGUGGGACCUUAUAUAGACAGGUGUGUGCCUUUCCAAAUCAUGUCCAAUCAAUUUAAUUUACCACAGGUGGACUCCAAUGAAGUUGUAGAAACAUCUCAAGGAUGAUCAAUGGAAACAGGAUGCACCUGAGCUCAAUUUCAAGUCUCAUAGCAAAGGGUCUGAAUACUUAUGUAUUUAAGGUAUUUCUGUUUAUUUCUUAUACAUUUGCAAAAAUGUCUAAAAACCAGUUUUCGCUUUGUCAUUAUGGGGUAUUGUGUGUAGAUUGAUGAGGAAAACAAUGAAUUUAAUCCAUUUUAAAAUCAGGUGUUAUGUAACAAAAUGUGGAAAAAGUGAAGGGGUCUGAAUACUUUCCGAAUGCACUGUAAAUAAUUGUGCACAAUGUGCAGGAAGGAAUCACAUUGCCUUCUGAAUUGACCAAUGACAUUUAUCUUUUUUUUUCCAGAGUUUGCCCUCAGAGAUUGAGGUAAAGUAUAAGAUUGCAGAGUGCUACACCAUCCUAAAGCUGGAUAAGGAUGCCAUUGCAGUGCUUGAUGGGAUUCCAUCUAGACAGAGAACCCCAAAGGUAGGCUGCCAAGUUCGAGGUCCCCUCCUGAAAGCCCCCUCAUCUUCUCUCAAUGUCAGCUAAGCUUGCAGUGCGUCUAUGACUAUUUCAAUAAAGUAAAGCAGGCCAGAUUCUUGCGAGGAAUUUCAGAAUUGCAUAUUUGUUUAUCCUUCCUCAGAUCAACAUGAUGCUGGCAAAUCUGUACAGGAAGGCUGGGCAGGAACGCUCUGCUGUCACAAGCUACAAAGAGGUCCUGAGACAGUGUCCUCUGGCACUGGAUGCCAUCAUUGGUAUGGACUAGUGACUGGGAUGUUUCUGUAGUGCAUCACAGACAUUCCAACACCCAAUGUUAUUGUGCGCUACGUUUUGAAGGGUUCUUUUAACUCCUUGUCUGUUGUAGGUCUCUUGUCUCUGUCAGUGAAGGGAGCUGAGGUGGCGUCCAUGACUAUGGAUGUGAUCCAGAGUAUUCCCAACCUGGACUGGCUCUCUGCAUGGAUCAAAGCCUAUGCCUUCAUACAUGCAGGGGACAACCACAGAGCAAUCAACACCAUCUGGUGAGCAGACCAGUGCCUCAAACCUCCAUGGGAGCGUUAUUCAUUUCAUUAAUCAUCAUCUCUGGUAUUGUUAAGCUAGGGCUCUCAUUCUGGGUUUUUGUCUGUUCCCUGAUUCUCCUUCUCAGCUCUCUGGAGAAGAAGUCUUUACUGCGGGACAAUGUGGACCUGCUGGUGAGCCUGGCAGAUGUCUACUUCAGGGCAGGCGACACAAAGAACUCCAUCCUGAAGUUUGAGCAGGCCCAAAUGCUGGACCCUUAUCUGAUCAAAGGUACUGGACAGUAAGCAUCAGAAAAAGCCAUCACUGACCAAAUACAUACGUUUCUUAGGACUCACUAAGCCAGGCUAGUGAUGCUUAUCUAAGACAUUAACUAAUUAUUUAUAUAUAUUUAUUUAUUUAUUACUUUGACUAAUUUUCAGUUAUGUUGUCUAUAUUUGCUGUCAGGCAUGGAUGUAUAUGGCUACCUUAUGGCACGUGAGGGGCACCUGGAGGAUGUUGAGGUCCUGGGAGGAAGACUUUUCAACAUCUCAGAUCAGCAUGCAGAGCCCUGGGUCAUAUCUGGGUAAGUAAUCUUCUCAGAGACCAGAAAUAAACGUGUGAUAAGAUCCAAGUCGAUGAAAUACUAAAUUGAAUGCAGUUUUUUAUUUUUAUUAAUCUAUAAUAACAUGUUUGUAUUUUGUUAUAACAGUAAAAAAAAAAAGGCCUGUUUUUCAGUCUAUGUACACCAAAUACAUGUUCCUACCUAUCUGUUUUUGGUGGCUCAGAUGUCACAGCUUCUACAGUAAGCGUUACUCCCGGGCCCUCUACCUGGGUGCAAAGGCCAUCCAGCUGAACAGCAACAGUGUGCAGGCCCUCCUCCUGAAGGGGGCAGCACUGAGGAACAUGGGCCGAGUGCAGGAGGCCAUCAUCCACUUCAGAGAGGCCAUGCGCUUGGCGCCAUGCCGUCUGGACUGCUACGAAGGCAAGGGGACCUACUUGUUAUGAUCGCAUCAUUCUAAUGAAAAUCUGUUUUAAACUUGGUAACUGCCCCCACAUCAAACAACAUCAGAUGCAAGUUUGCUUGCAAAUUGGUUUGUGGUCCUAUAUGGCUCAGAGGGUAGAGCAUGGCGCAAGCGCCAGGGUUGUGGGUUUGAUUCCUGGAGCCAUCCAUACGCAAAAUGUAUGCACGCAUGACUGUAAGUCGCUUUGGAUAAAAGCGUCUGCUAAAUGGCAUAUAUUAUAUUAUUUGUUGCUACUAGUAUUGAGGUAGUAAUGAGACUUCUGUCCUCAGGUCUGAUUGACUGUUACCUGGCAUCCAAUGGAAUCCGAGAGGCGAUGGGGAUGGCCAAUAACAUCUAUAAGACCCUGGGAGCGAAUGCCCAGACUCUGACAAUCCUGGCCACAGUCUGCCUGGAGGAUCCUGUGACGCAGGAGAAGGCCAAAACCCUGCUGGACAAGGCGCUAGCCCAGAGGCCUGACUACACCAAGGCUGUGGUCAAGAAGGCAGAGCUGCUAAGUAUGUGGCUUGGUACCUAACCCUAUCAGCUGUUGUGAUGUAGAGAUUUAGAACCAUUGCAUCUUCGUAAAGACAUUUUUACCAGAAAUGUAAGGGAAAAGAUUUAGGAUAUUGUUUGUUAUCCUAUUUCAGGUCGGGAACAGAAAUAUGAGGAAGGGAUUGCUCUUCUCCGGAAUGCCUUAGCCAAUCAGAGUGACUGUGUGCUGCACAGAAUGCUGGGGGAUUUCCUUGUGGCGGUCAAUGAUUAUCAAGAGGCAAUGGAUCAAUACAGCAUAGCACUUAGGUAAUGUUACACCCAAGUCCAGCGUUUUAUACACCUCAUGAAACUUUCAAGCAGUGUCGCCCUUAGGCCUACCUUUUCUCAAAUAUGUAAAUGCUGUACUUUUGAUCUUGAGACUGCCCAAGUUUCUCCAUCAUCUGACACUGUUUGUCUCUCAGCCUGGACCCAAAUGACCAGAAGUCUCUGGAAGGAAUGCAGAAGAUGGAGAAGGAGGAGAGCCCUGCUGAUGCCACUGUGGAGCUGGAUGGGGAUGACAUGGAGGGCAGCGGGGAGGAUGGAGACCUGGAAGGCAGUGACAGUGAGGCAGCCCAGUGGGCAGACCAGGAGCAGUGGUUUGGCAUGCAGUGACUCGGGCCCACUGCAGCGAUCCCAGGGAGGCAGGGGGAAUAAACCACACAUUUUUACAUUUUAGUAAUUUA